CUGCGCUGCGAAAAAGCAAUCGUACCAACAUGAGAAAUGGCGCGAAUUCGGGAUUUUAGCGAUUCCCUCCACCCCCCCUUCAGAAUUAAUAGGCUUAAGUAGUGAAAAUAAAUUUCUGUAACGGUUUCGUUGCACUUACAAGGGGAUUAUCAUGACAUUUCUAGGUUAAGCAACCACAAUGAAUUAUUAGGGAAUAUGAUUAAGCUCAAUUGGAGAUAUAAAAACCUAAAAUUCUAUAAUUAUGCGAAUUAUUUUUGGGCGACACGCGGCAUGGUGAAGUAGUUGAUUUUAUUUUGAUUUUCUGUAUUUUUAAUUUAUUUUAAACAGUUAGUUAUUUUUAUUUUGGUAUAUUGAGUGACAUGAGAAGCUCUGACAAUGUUGGCAGCAAUAAAUAAUAAACAGAGAGGGAUUCAUGAGCAGUUUUAAGGUUCACACGUGCGAUGUCCUUGCUAAUGUGCUAUCAGAAAAAUUCCCUUUUAGACCGGUUUGUUUACGGAUUUGAGGUUUGUCCAUUCAUAAGAAAAAAUUAACGCCCUUUUCCAAACCCUGCCAAAUCAGGAUUUUCAACCAAUCUUCUUCAAUCAUGGCUCCAACCAAUGUGAAAUAUUGUAUGUUUUGUCGCCCCAUCGAAAGAAAUGAACAAAAACAAAAUUUGAUGGAACUAAAUCCUGUUGAGGACUGCGUCAAAUACGACACAGAAACAGAAGAACUUGAUAAAGUGAGGAAUGGGUUGAGAGAAAAGACUGGAAAGAUCCUGGAGAUGAGGAGUCGCAUGCAGAAAGAACUUAUGCUGAAAAUGAUAGAUCGCGUGCUGGACGCCUCAAAAUCUUUAAAUCUUCCGGAAGACUACGCUGCUCUGAGCCUUAGCAGUGAACCUAAGGAAACGCCGGAAAAUACUAGCCCCAAGGCCAGCGAUAUUUUAAAGAUUUUGGAAAAAUCGGAAUUUCUCUCCAAAGUUGCUGGCCCGUCUGCAUAUGUUGUUCAAGAAGAAUGCAAAGAACUCAUCAGGGAAAUAGCAGCAGCUAUUAAUAUCUUGGAGUGCAUGUACAAAUUCACUGAGCGGGUGAACGACGAAGGUGGCAAAGCAGUUGCUGGACCUAUCAACUCUAAUGAUAUGCAUGAAGAUUGAGGAUUUAAAAUAAUAGUCGCUUAGAUAUUUAGUAUUCGUUUUCACUUCCAGAUUUAUAGUUUUCCAUGAAAGACGUUCCAAUGUAUUGAUUAAAAAUGCCUCAACGGACGCAUCAGCGUGUGCUGCUGAAAAAAUUUGAUAAGAAAUAAGUGUAUGAUACCUAAAACUGAAAAUAAAUUUGAUGCUAAGUGUACAAAUGUAC